AUGUGAUGCCAACUUUCUGCAACCAAAAUAAUACACAGACACACAUAUAUUUCUUCGAUAUACCAAUGGUUGCUCCUUCUCCAACUUCCAUGAUGGUAAGAACCAAGAAAACAAAGGCUGUGGGAGUUCCCACGAUCGACCUUUCGUUGGAAAGGUCGAAGCUGUCGGAAACAGUGGUGAAAGCAUGUGAAGAAUAUGGUUUCUUCAAGGUGGUGAACCACAGUGUGGCAAAGGAGGUGAUUUCAAGGUUGGAAGAGGAGGGAACGGCGUUUUUCUCCAAAACCUCCUCCGAGAAGCGCCAAGCUGGCCCUGCCACCCCUUUCGGAUAUGGCUGCAGAAAUAUUGGCCCCAAUGGCGAUAUGGGUCACCUCGAGUAUCUUCUCCUUCAUACCAAUCCUCUUUCCGUAUCUGAGAGAUCCCAAACCAUAGCCACCGACCCUACCAAGUUCAGUUGCGCCGUAAAUGAUUAUAUAGAAGCAGCUAAAGGACUAACAUGUGAGAUUCUUGAUCUUGUGGCGGAGGGUCUGUGGGUCCAAGACCACUUCUCACUCAGCAAUCUCAUCAAAGACGUCCACAGUGACUCACUCCUCAGGAUCAAUCAGUACCCUCCCGUGAGCCUAAAGGGCAACAACAACAGUGACACCUCCAAACUCGACCAAAAUAAUAAUAAUAAUAAUAAUAAUAAUAAUAACAUUGGAUUUGGAGAGCAUUCUGACCCUCAGAUCUUGACCAUCAUGCGAUCCAACAACGUGGACGGCCUUCAGAUUUCCACCCACGAUGGCUUGUGGAUCCCUGUCCCCCCUGACCCUAAUCAGUUCUUCGUUAUGGUUGGUGAUGCCCUGCAGGUUUUGACAAAUGGAAGGUUUAGAAGCGUGAGACACAGAGUAUUGACCAACGCAACCAAGGCCAGAAUGUCGAUCAUGUACUUUGCCGCACCACCGCUCAAUUGGUGGAUCACUCCACUGCCCAAGAUGGUCACACCCCUCAGUCCAACUCUCUAUAAGCCCUUCACCUGGGCCCAAUACAAACAAGCAGCUUACUCUCUACGAUUAGGAGACACUCGCCUUGAUCUCUUCAAGAUCCAACGACAACAAGAUACCCAUCUCGCAUCUGCUUCUCCCUCACAUUUACAUCGCAUUCCUUCUGCAUAUUCUUCCACCACCUAAUGUUAGUCACAGAGAGCAGCACUUGGAGUUUCCCGAUACCUCUUUUUUUUCUCUCUCUGUUUUUUUUUUUUUUUUAUAUAUAUAUAUAAUAUAGCCUUUAUAGUUUCAUAGAGUUCUAAAAGCUCACCAUUAGUGAUUUACAUUGGUGGAAAAGUAUUCCACCUAGUUCCUACUGCUGUAAAAUAUAGCCAACCUUGAAUUCCUAUAAAAGGGUAUUUUGACAUAAUGAAUCAUGAUCUAUGAAUUCAGCACCACCAUCAUUUAUUUAUUUAUUCUUCUCAAGGCCCCUGGUACAGAGCCACCAGAUCUAAUAAUGCAUACAGUUUUAAAAAAUAGCCAUUUGUGUAUUUAUUACCCC